AAGAGAGAAAAAGAGAGAGAGAGAGAGCGUCGACUCAGAGGACGUGAGAAAGCGAGGGUGAAGUGAUUAAAUCGCCUCAAAAGACAACGUGAAAAUGUCAAAAAAUGAACUUUGUCCAGCCAAACUACAACGAGAGAGACUCUGGCAUCAACAUGACUCCAUUUCCUCCACUCAAACUCUCCAAGAUGUCCAGCAGCCGGUUGGUCUUCAGCAGGCGUGUCGGGAGCCCCCCCACAUGAAAGAGGAAGAGGAGGUUCCGCAGGCGUCCCAUGUGAAAGAGGAAGAGCAGGUUCCAGAGUUCCACAAUGUUAAAAAGGAGGAGCCAGAACGUCUUUGUGAUAAAGAGGAGGAGCAUCCUCAACUAGUCUGCAUUAAAGAGGAAGAGAAGGAGUUUGACAUCAGCAAGUUGCCAACGAUGGAGAGUGAAGAUGACAAAGACGAAGCACCUGAACGGUCUGAUCAUCGUGAUGGAGGACCACCACGCAACCUCUUGGCUCCGGUGUCAGACAGCGACGACGUGGACGAACCUUUGAGUAAUGACGCAGACCGCGAAGGUGACGGCAAACGGUCGAAAUGCUUGGAAAAGGAGACUCUUGGCAGCAAAGCAACGCCACAAAAACUUUUUACCUGCUCAGUUUGUGCUAAAGCCUUUUUCAAAAAGCAACAUAUGAUGACACACAUGAGAACGCACACGGGAGAAAAACCCUUCGCUUGCUCAACCUGUGGGAAAACCUUCUCUCAAAAGCCGCAUUUGGAAUUGCACGCGCGAACGCACACAGGAGAGAAACCCUUCACUUGCUCCUUUUGUGGUAAAACAUUCUCUCAAAAACAAAAUAUGGAAUCACACAUGAGAAUACACACUGGAGAAAAACCCUACAGUUGCUCAACUUGCGCUAAAACCUUCUCUCAAAAGCCAUAUCUUGUAUCACACAUGAGAACACACACAGGAGAAAAACCCUUUGCCUGCCCUUUUUGUGCCGAAACAUUCUCUCGUAGGGAACAUGUGAAAUCCCACCUAAAAAUGCACACGGGAGAAAAACCCUUCAGCUGCUCACUGUGUGACAAACCAUUCUCUCACAAGUCAAACCUGGUGACGCACAUGCGAAGACACACAGGAGAGAAACCCAGGAGUUGUUCACUCUGUCAUCAAACCUUCUCCCGAAAGGAACAGGAGGACUCGCACAUGAGAACGCACACGGGAGAAAAACCUUAUAGUUGCUUGGAGUGUGGCGAACGCUACAGUCUCAGGGCCAAUUUGACUGCACACAUGCAAACACACAAUGAAGGCAAAGAAUAAACGUUUAAGCGUAAUGUUGUGGAUCAAAGUCAGAGUUGCCAUACGCAGCUGUUCAAAUGGCCAACAUCUUGGCAGAUUUUCAGCUUUUUCUACUACUCUGUCUUAAUAUUCUUAAAUCUACUUGAAUCAUUUUAAAUUGACAUAAAUCCUAGGGAUAUUCGAUACCACUUUUUUUUUAGACCAGUAUCAAUUUGAGGACUCUUGAAUACUCACCAAGUAAUCAACACUAAUAAUUAUCAUACAUAAAAACGCCAUUCGACCAACGAUAUAAUCUUCUGCUAGCUUACAGCGGCGUUCAGUCAUCACCUGUAAUACUGCGAAACAAACCACAUAUUGUUCCCUCUUAAUUCAAUAAAAAUAUAACUUUUGCA